CCGCUCCAGGUGGCACCCAGGAAACAGGGAUGUGAGAGGACCCUCACCUUCCCCGCUCCUCUCAGCAGGAAUUCUCGGCAAAGCUGAAACUGAGUGGUUGAAGAUUCGGUUCUCAACCAACGGGAGUCGUUUACAAAGAAUCGGCUGUUAGAUGCAGCUCGUUCACGAACAGCACACAUCAGUGUUUCACAGGCAAAGCUCAGUUUGCUACAUAGGGUUUGCUACUCUGGAAGCUUAAUUGGUUGUAACGAAAUUUGUGUUUUAAAACUUGUUUGUGAGAUGGCAGUUCACUUGAAAGACAAAGAAGCCUACCAAAGACUGAACUAUCUCUACCAGGCUGCACAUUGUGUUUUAUCUCAAAAUCCAGAAAACGUGGAGUUGGCUCGGUUUUACUGUUUCACACAAAAGACAGUUGCAAGACGUUUGGUUCUCAGACAAGACCCAUCAGUCAAGAGAACAAUAUGUAAAAAGUGCUGCUCAUUGCUCAUUCCUGGUGUAACUGCAACAACAAGACAACGAAGAAAAAAUGGCAAGACCCGCUUUACUAUGUUGAGGUGUCUCAGUUGUGGCCAAAGCAAGAGGCUGCUGAAUAAUCCAGAUUACUGUCUGUGGGUGGAUCGGCCCGAGGCGCAGCAGCAGCAGAAACAGUCAGAUCUAGGUUUGUCUGCUAAAGGUCAGCCAAAAACCUCAGAGCCAGAAGGAUCAUCACAGUCUUCUAAACCUGAUACUGCUCAGAGAUCUACCAGCACCUAGACCCACUUCUUCCCUCCCUCCCUCCCACUUUUUUUUUUUUUUUUUUUUUUUUGUCUUACACGCUCUUAUGAAAUUAGUUUUUAAAUUUUUUUCUUUAACUAAAAUUAAAUUUUUUACUAAUGAGAUCACUGAAAAUUAGAUUUGUGUAUAUAUGAUGUUAUAAAUCAUGGAUCUGUUCCAAAGAAAAACAUGUUUUUUUUAUUUUAUUUUUGAAAAUAAGGGCCUAAAAAUAACUAAACAAGUUUUUGUUCAUUUCAUCCCCCCCCCCCCCCCCCCCCCCCCCCCCCAAUAUUGGUUACUUUUCCCCUUCAGGCUUGUUCAUUUGAAAUAAACAACAUAACUAAAUA